AUGAAUAUUCAGAGUUUUCAUCACAAACUAACGAAACGGGAGUUGAAGCAUGUGUUCGGUGUUGACGAGGUCCAUGAGGUUCCUGACUAUGAGAUGAUUAAACCGCAAAGGUAUCGAAAAGAGGACGGUGGAUUACGCAUGAUUUUCUCUGCAUGGGGCGAUAAUUAUGUGCUAGAUUUGAGGCCAAACAAUCGACUCGUUAGCCCUAAUAUUGUGAUGGUCACUCGGAACGGUAGUGAAGUCACUGAAAAGAAGGGUUUGGACCUUAACCAUGACUGCCACUUUCAGGGUACUGUAUCAUCGCAUGGACAAAUGCCGGUGGCAAUUUCAGAUUGUAAAUCUCUAGUUGGAACUUUAGUAAUGAGCGAUCACUUUCUAGUCUUACAGUCCGUACCAAAGCGGGUUCAGCACCAAAAUCCCCACCAGCAUUUUGUUUUCAAACGAUCUCCAAGCUUACUAACAAAAUCGGAAUACAAUCUUGAAGAAGAGAUUAUCAAACUCAAUGAGAUUCAUGAACCAUUUUGCGACACAAGCGAUAAUGAAGAUGCUCCAUUUUCGUCGGAAAUCCUCUCUCUCAAUUACACAAUACCAUCAUCGGCGAAAUUGGACUCAGCGUUUGUUUUUCCGAACAUGGAUCCUAUCACACUGGAAAUCGGGCUUUUUCUUGAUUCUCAGCUAUUUGAACACUUUCAGAGGGAAUACAUUCAGGAUGCCGAGCAACAUUUGUUAGACUUUUCAUUAGCAUUGAUAAACAACGUACACGUCUUGUAUCAACAACCUUCACUCUCACCAAAUCUUGAAAUUGUCAUUGUAAGAUACGAGAUGUGGAAGACGCAACCAAGUAAUCUGGCUACUUUCGUCCAUAAAAACGGACAAGCACAAAGCUUACUGGAUGCCUUUUGUCGCCAUCAGGCUCACAUCAACCCUGGAACAGAUCUCACCGAUGCUGGGCAUUGGGACCAUGGUGUUUUAUUGACCGGCUACGACAUUUAUCAUACAACAGCGUCCGUUGCUGGCGUAGCCCCAGUGGCAAGAAUGUGUGAUCAACUAUUCGCAUGCUCCCUAGUCGAAGGGCUCCAUUUGGGUCGUUCGUUUGUCCUCGCCCAUGAGAUGGGACACAAUAUGGGCAUGGUUCACGACGGCGUGCAGAACCAGUGCAGUAAGUCCUGCUGCCUGAUGUCUGCUGUCAACGGUGCAGGAAAAACAACAUGGUCAGAGUGUUCUGUCCGGGAGUUCAAUGCAUUUCUGCUACAGCUAGACGAGUCUGGCAAAGGUAACUGCUUACGAGAUGGCGCUGCUGGACUAGUAGAGCGCAAUCAUCUGCAGGAUGGAAGAACUCCGGGACAACGAUUCACCGCUGACCAACAGUGUGCCUAUUUUUGGGGGCGAGACUACAAAGUCGAAAUACCAACUGGACGAUCCAUGGAGGAUAUUUGUCGGAUAUUGUGGUGUGGUAACAGUGGAUCCACGAUCUCUACUGCGCAUCCUGCCCUGGAAGGAAGUUAUUGCGGUCACAACAAGUGGUGUCACGAAGGUAGAUGUCAAGCAUGGCCUGAUCCUCAUCCACCGCCGGUAGUACAUGGUGGAUGGUCACGAUGGAGCAGGGACGAGAGAUGUCCAGUGCAACAUUGUGUCAUUUCUGGCACGAUAUCUGUAAAGGCACAACAUCGUGAUUGUGUCAACCCAGCGCCAAAUAAUGGUGGACUACCAUGUGAAGGAGCUGCCAUUCGUGGAGUUCUAUGCAAUACACACUACAGCGUCUGCCAAGGAAUGUCACGAGAAGAGUACGGCAACAAGAUAUGCUCAGCCAUAAAACAUGAUCCUGUACAGCCUGAUCGACAGCUUACAGGAGAAGGAUUUGAGCACAGCACGCAACCAUGUCGGGUCUGGUGCCAUCUGGUCGGUUCGGAGCUCAUACGAAAUAAGGGCCAAUUCCCCGAUGGAACACCUUGUGGCACUGAUCAGUUUUGCAUUAGCGGAACCUGCCUGAGGCUCGGAUGUAAUAACAAAGCAGUUGUUGCUAGCGAGGAUGAUUGUCCAAACCAAAAUCCAUCGAGUGGAUGGAGUGACUGGUCGGCAUGGUCGGGAUGCAGCGAAACCUGCGGCAGAGGCGGUCGGCAGUUACGCAAACGUCAUUGCCUCAGUUCUGCUUCGGAUUCGAACUGCUUUGGUGAAGCUGAAGAGCAAAGGUUUUGCUUUCCACCACCACCUCGUUGUCAGAAAGUUAGCGAAUGGGGUCAUUGGAGCUCUUGUCAUAGCGAGUGCGGACAAGGCGAACAAAUUCGUAAAAGAAUUUGUCUGACAUCGAAUUGCGACGAAGCAACUGAGGAAAGGCGACCAUGCUGGAAUCCUGGCAAGGGUGCUUGUUGGUUACAAUGGUCAGAAUGGAGCGAUUGUUCUCAGACAUGCAAUGGUGGACAUAGAAGAAGGGAACGAAUUUGUCCACAACCGGGUCGAUGUAAAGGUGGCGCCUUUGAGGUGGAGCAAUGUAACACACAGCGCUGUUCUUCUGGAGAAUGGGGCGAUUGGCUGCCUUGCUCGGUAUCAUGUGGCAUUGGUUUCCAAAUUCGUGAACGACUCUGCGAUGGUGAUCUUUGCACCUCGGCCAGCAAACAAGCACGGACUUGCAAUGAACAACCAUGCCCAGAAGGAUCCAAUGACGUGGAAUGGGAAGAUUGGAGUGAAUGGUCAGAAUGUAGUAAAACAUGUGGCGAAGGAUUACAAUCGAAGAAGCGGGCUUGCAAAAAAGGUCCUUGCUCCUCAGAAGAUUCUGUCCGACAAAGGCGUUGCGUUCUCGGCCCUUGUCCUGUGUGGGAUGAUUGGUCUGAAUGGUCCGAAUGUGCUUCAUGUUCUCCAGAUCUGAAGCGAUUUCGGACAAGACAUUGUAUUUCGCACUCCGCUGAUGCCCUGUGUGAAGGUGAGCCGCGAAUGGAAGAAACAUGCGAUCAAUCGUGUGAAGCCGACACUUCAAAUGGAAAGCCAGAAAUCGAGCUAAUCACCGGAAAAGGAAGGCGAAGGGUAGUGGCUCAUGGAGGACGAAUAGUUCCAGUAGAGGCCGAAGUUUGGGGAGUAUGGAGUGAAUGGACUGAUUGCACUCAUAGCUGUGGAGGAGGCACGAAAAAGAGGGCACGUCAGUGUAAUGGGGAGAAGUGUGUACAGCCGCAAGAAACGGAAAAAUUGAACUGCAACAUGCAGGCUUGUCCGAGUGAAAUCUGGUCAUCUUGGAGCUCAUGGUCGGCAUGCUCAGUAACAUGCGGUGAUGGAGGAGUACAAACUAAGACGCGUCACUGCUUGCAGAGCUCAUUGUCGCAGGAGACGAAUCCACUUUUCCAAUGUGAAGGCUCAUCCGUGGAAACACGUUCGUGCUCCGCAACAGUCGAAUGCGCGAAGGAAGAUUAUUUGAGGACUCCCACAUGGUCGCCUUGGUCAUCGUGGUCAUCAUGCUCCUGCUACACAGCAACAGAAAGCAGACGUCGAUAUUGUCUUAUCUCUGAUCUCGCAGUGCAGGGCUUUUGCGCCGGUCCCAUACUCGAACAAAGGCCAUGUGUGCCAGCGACAUGCACGGCUUCUCCUGGAGGAUGGUCCGCUUGGUCGGAAUGGUCGUUGUGUUCAAAAGACUGUCAAGGUUCCGGGCAUCAGAUCCGUAACCGAAUGUGUUCAGAGCCACUACCGUCGAACAGGGGUUCGUAUUGUGUUGGAUACUCAUUUGAUCAGAGACCGUGCACGUCCACUCGCGUUUGCGAGAACAAGGUGGAUGGAGGAUGGAGCAACUGGGGAGAAUGGAGUGAAUGUGGAAAUUCCUGUACUAACGCAUAUCGGAGUCGGACAAGGUUUUGCUCCAGUCCUCGUCCAUCACAGGGAGGCAAACCCUGUUUUGGAAGCGAUUUUGAACUUCAACACUGCGCUGAAGAGAAAUGUCGCAACUCUGUUGAUGGAGGAUGGAGCAGCUGGUCGGCAUGGAGUGAGUGCCCGAGCGGUUGCGGAUUCGCACUACAGUCGCGUAAUCGCGCUUGCGAUAACCCGCCUCCGGCACGUGGAGGCAAAAUCUGCCGAGGCCUAGCACAUCAGACUUCUGUUUGCGCAUCCGACGCCUGCACUGAGUCAGUGGAUGGUGAAUGGUCCGCAUGGAAUGAAUGGUCAAGUUGUGUUGGCAACUGUGGACUAGGUUCGAGAACGAGGGUCCGUGCUUGCGUAUCACCUCCGUCAUCAGAUGGUGGUGUUCCAUGCUUUGGCAAAUCAUCUGAAGUCGAAGAAUGUCAAGCAGAAGGAGCGUUUUGUAGCCGAUUUCUCCACUAUGCCGACAUAUUUGACGUAAAAAUAUUACAAUCUCUACAUUAGGUUUAUUUAUAGCAUAGAUAAUAUAUUUGCAAUGACAUCGCAUCCUCAUGUACAUCGUUAUUAUCCAUACUAGUCAUAUUCAUAAUUUGAUUCAUUUGUUCGCUAAAUUUAGCAUUGUCACUGCUGGAGCUGGA